CUCUCAGUCAGGACCCCGGAACAUUUGAAACAUGACUUGUUCUUCCAAAGAGUUUUGAAAGUAGCUGCAUGUAACGGGAAGAGCUCCGACUCCUCCAGCCAGGAGGAGAUCCGCUUCAGGCACUAGUGAGGAGGACCGCUCCUGCAGCUCUGUGCCCCUCUCCUUUCUCUCCGGCGCCUGACCAGAUUCCACAGUGCAUCUCAACUUUUUUCUUUUAUUUUUCCAGUUUUUUUUAUUCACAGCCAUGAAGGCUUGAAAAAAUGGAAGUUUUGGAUUAAAUUUUGGAUCCCAGUUCACCUCCUGUGCUGUAAUAAAGAUGACAGGUCGCUUUGCUGUCACUUUUCUUUGGAAUUUCAUGGGCUGCGUACCAUUUCUUAUGCUGUUUUACGAGUAGGAUAUAAAGGAAGCGACAGAAAGGUGUGACGAGAGGUUUGGCGGACAACUGUGGAUCUCUGCGAGUAACUCCUACCGUCCAAAGGGGAUCGAGGGGGGCAUCGGCCGGACCCCCCCCCCCCCCCCCCUUCCCCCACCCCCUCUUGAUUGAUUAGUUAUUAGUCAUCCCUUUGGCUAAAUGGGACCCACUGAAAAGGCACCGUGGAACACAUACAUGAAUGAAAUAUUCCAGUGUCCCUUGAAUGUCUCCAGAGUAGUUUUGCUUAAGAGAGGGGGUCGUGGCUUAGCAAUAUAAAGAGGGGAAAACAGCAUAGCUUUAUGGGUUUAUUUAGACAGUUUAUACGGUCUGACAUUCUGCCGCUGUAAAAAAUUAAGACGGAGAAACUCAAGAGGAUCCCAAAGAGAAGAGCAUUCUGGACAUAAAUGUUUUAGUUUAGUUAUUUUUUUAACUUGUUUAUUUUUUCCCCUUUGCCUUUCUUUCCCUCCUCACAUUGUAAAUAUUUUUUCCCUUUCUUCUCCCGAAAAAUGAAACUUUGGACAUCACCCUGGGUGUCUUGCCUGGUGAUUCUCAUCCUGUGUUUUGGAUCAGAGUGCGGGACAGUCCGUAGUAAAGGGAUAUCCAAGAGGGAGCUGGUGCGCAUCAGGGAGGCGAGAGCCACCGUCCCAGGGGCUUGUGCCACACGCCUGCCCCGGGGCAAGCGCUCUUUACCCGGCUUGGAGCGACGGGUGCUCCGCCACCGCCGGCGCUCCUCUCAGGCGGAGGAAAACUCUCCACACCGGGGGAAAGCUGUCUAUUUCACCGGCAGGGGGGAUCAGCUCCGGCUCAAGCCCGGUGUGGAGAUUCCCAGAGGCAAUUUCACUCUGGAGAUGUGGAUCAAGCCGGAGGGAGGUCAACGAUCGCCCACGGUGAUUGCAGGCCUGUACGACAAAUGCUUCUAUGCCUCCAGUGACCGAGGUUGGCUGCUUGGCAUCCAGGCGGUUAGUGAAUAUGGGAACAGUGACCCUCGAUUCUUCUUCUCCCUUAAAACCGAUCGUGCUCACAAAGCAACCUCCAUCCACUCCAAUUUUCGUUAUGUGCCCAACCAAUGGGUGCAUGUGGCAGUCACAUAUGACGGUGUGUACAUGAAACUCUUCAUCAAUGGGGCCCAAAUUGGAGUUAGUCGGGAGCAGUCAGGCGAUAUCUUCAGUCAUUUAACCAAAAAGUGCAAAGUUCUGAUGAUUGGUGGGAAUGCAUUGAAUCACAAUUAUAGAGGGGCAGUGGAAAGAUUGGGCUUAUGGAGGCAAGCCCGAAGCCAGAGGGUUAUCAUCAGGGAUAUGCAGGGCCACGAGGACCUCGAUGAUCUACCUCAUUUAGUCAUUCGUGAAACGUUUGAGCAUCUGGGCCGCAAGUGGUUGACUGUGAAAGAUGGCAGUUUUCCUCAGCCUGAGAAAGAAGGAGUGGGACGAUAUGGGUUUUCAGGCAGUGGAGGAGUUGAAAAUCCAGAGGGAUCAUUAGACACAACCUUGGACAUUCCAGCUUGUGGCCAAACGGUAUGCGACAAUGUGAACGUCAUUAAGAACUACAAUCAGCAGUGGACUUUCCGCCGGCCAAAGAAAGUGCGAUACCGCGUCGUCAACAUCUGGGACGAUGCAAAGAAGAGGCCAAUUGUAUCAGAUCACCAGAUCAUUCUGCAGCAUCAGCAACUUAAUGAGGCCUUCAGUCAAAGUAACAUAUCCUGGGAGCUUACCAUUGAAAACGUGACCAGUUCCUCUUUACGUGACCGCCUGAUUCUCGCUAACUGUGAUAUCAGCAAGAUUGGUAAUUUAAAGUGUGAUCCAGAAUGCAACCAUCCGCUGACAGGGUACGAUGCCGGUGACUGCGUAUUUAGGUAUCGGAGCCGCUGCCCUGGACACAAGCAAGGGAACGGUAUAUGUGAACCUGAAUGUAACUGGGAAAUCUUCAAUUAUGAUCGAGGUGAUUGCUGCAAUCCCAACGUGACAGACGUGACAAAGACUUGCUUCAGCCGCACCUCUCCAUACAAAGCUUAUUUGGAUCUGAAAGAGCUGAAAGACAUUCUACAUUUGGAUGGUUCAACUCACCUGAAUAUCUUCUUUGCCAAUUCUUCUGAUGAAAAUGUGGCUGGGGUUUCCACUUGGCCCUGGGACAAAGAAGCCCUUACACAUUUGGGAGGAAUUGUGCUGAAUCCUUCUGUCUAUGGAACGUUUGGUCACACUGACACAAUGGUCCACGAGAUUGGACAUAGCCUCGGAUUGUACCAUGUGUUUCGAGGCAUAUCAGAGGUCGAUUCAUGUAAUGAUGCGUGUUUGGAAACUGAGCCCUCGUUGGAGACGGGAGAUCUGUGUGCUGACACCAACCCCACACCAAAGUACAAGGGCUGUGGUGAUCCCGAUCCAGUCAAUGAAACCUGUGGCCCUCAGCACUUCGUAAAUACUCCAUUUACCAACUUCAUGAGUUAUGCAGAUGAUUCUUGUACAAAUUCAUUCACAAUGAACCAGAAUGCCAGGAUGCACUGCUACCUGGAUCUUGUAUACCAUUCUUGGCAACCUGCUGCUAAACCUCCCCCAGUGGCGAUGGCACCUCAAGUGGUCGAGCAGCAUCAUAACUCAAUCACGCUUGAAUGGUUUCCACCAAUUUCCGGACAAUUUUUUGAAAGAGAAGUGGGAUCAGUGUGUGAUAAAUGUACUGAGGGGAGAGUUCUUCUGCAGUAUGCAUCCAACUCUUCAUCUCCACUACCAUGUGAACCUUCUGGACACUGGUCCCCAAGAGAGGCUGAAGGCCCUCCGGAUGUAGAACAGGCAUGUGAGUCAAGCGUGCACACAUGGAGCCCCACCGCAGGGACAGAACAAGGUGUUGUUGGCCUGUCAGAAUGCCCGCCCAAUGGCUGUAUGCUUCAGCUAGAGUUCCAACACCCAGUGGUGCCUGACUCCUUGAGUAUGUGGGUCACGUUUUGCAGUCCAGAGGAAACAGCGCUACCUGCUAUCCAUGACAUCCUGCUGCUGACUGUCAAUGGGAACAACAUCUCUCUGGGACCCAGUAACGUCUUCUGUGACACCCCACUGACUCUGAGGCUGGACGUACAAGAAGAAGUGUACGGUGUGCAAAUUUACACGAUGGAGCACCACCUGGAGAUAGAUGCCACUCUAUUGGCAUCCAAGCCGGACAGCGUGCUUUGCAAGCAUUGCAAACCAUUACGCUACCGCCUGCUGCGCCAACCACCCUUCACUCACGCACCACAUGGGCUGUUGUUAAAUGAACCUAUUCGUCGAUUUACAGACAGGGAGGUUGCACCCCGUGUCACAUAUACCUACCAGAUCCAAACACUCUCAAGUCAGAGUGAGAGUGAGCCUUCUUCACCACUGGUGCAUGAACUUGGGGCACCCUAUUGUGGAGAUGGACGCAUCCAGAGUUCCAAAGGAGAGGAAUGUGAUGACAUGAACUUUGUGAAUGGAGAUGGUUGUUCAAGUCAGUGCAAGAAAGAACCCUUCUUCAACUGUGUCGAGGAGCCAAGCAUGUGCUACUACUACGAUGGCGACGGGGUGUGUGAGGACUUUGAGAGAGAGACGGGUGUAAGGGACUGUGGCCUUUACACCCCCAGUGGUUUCUUAGACCAAUGGGCUUCUUCUGUUGAUGUUUCCCAUGAUGAGAAACCCUACUGCUCUGGUGAAGUGGCUGCUGGGUAUCCUGCUGCUACUAAGACAUGUCAAUCUAAGGUCUUUGAUCUUUCUGAUGGAGUCUCCCAGUAUGCAUGGUUCCCCUGUGAUGCUGAUCCAUCCGUUCUGAAAUAUGCUACUUUUUGGCUAAAGGCACACUUUGCCCGGCCCAUGGUGGCGGCAGCAGCAAUCAUUCAUCUGGCUGCUGAUGGGACAGAGUUGGUUGAACAAAAACAGUGCAACAUCACAGUUCAACUGGUGGACACCAAGGACGGUGUCCAUAGUCUGGGUGAGUGGCGUCUGAGCUGCCGCACUAACCCUUUGGUGAUCCCCGUGAGACAUGACCUGUCAGUGGCCUUCUACCACACCAAGGCUGUCCUGGUCAUGUUUACCUGCAAGUUUGUGGCCAUCUCGGGCGUAGGCCUGCGAUCCUUUCAGUCUUUUGACCCCAUCACCAUAAGUGGUUGCCAGAGUAAUGAGAUCUACAACCCCACCAGACAAAGUUGUGUACAUUAUUCGUGCGAAGCCAUUGACUGCCAGGAACCCUUAAUCCGCAAUGCAGAGCUAAAGUGCAGUAGCCCUGGCCGCCACUUCUACAAUGGAGACCGUUGCACCAUCUUCUGCAACUCUGGCUAUGUCCUGCAAGUCCACCAGGAUGAUGACAUCAUCAAGACCCAGUCAGACUCCUCGGUUACGAUAACCUGUGCAAACGGAAAGUGGAACAAACAGGUAUCAUGUGAGCCUGUGGAUUGUGGUCUGCCAGACAAAUAUCAUGUCCACCCGGCUCAUUUCAGCUUCCCCGAGGGGACUACGUAUGGCAAGAGAAGCACUUUUCAGUGUAAGGAACCUGCCCAGCUCAUAGGGACAAACAACACCCUUACCUGCCUAGAAGAUGGUUUGUGGUCUUUCCCAGAAGCCCUUUGUGAGCUCCGCUGUCCCGCCCCUCCUCCAGUACCAAACGCAGUGCUUCAAACAAAGCGAUGUAAUGAGACGGGCCUAAAAGUUGGCACACUCUGCAAGUACAAGUGCAAGCCAGGUUACCAUGUUAAAAACAAACCUAGAAGACGUGCAUUUAAACGACAGUGCACAGACGAUGGCACCUGGCUGGAGGGGGCUUGUGAGCCAGUGACCUGUGAUCCCCCUCCUAACAUCUUCCACGGCUCCUACUACUGCACCGAUGGUUUCCGCUUCGACAGCGUCUGCAGACUCAACUGCUCAGAUUCUGCCGGUAUUCCUGCCGUUGCUGUCGCAAGAGGCUCUGUCCAUACGGUGAGGCUGCUGCACGCUUCCUGCAAGCAGGGUCUGGGGUCCAAUGUGAUCCGCUGUAGAAAAGAUGGAAACUGGACUGGGUCAUUCCGCUUGUGUCCAAACAGUAACGGCCAGUGUUCUUUACCUCAAAACCUGCAUUACAGCCUGCAGUACUCAUGCAAGCGAGGGCACGGCGUAGGUGAGGAGUGUGAGCUCUCGUGCAGAGAAGGUAACAACGAGGUGGUGAUUCUCCCUAGCAACAUGACAGCAAAAAGUGUUUAUAAGGAGCACUGGAGAAACCCACAGAAAGUCCAGAACAUGGUGUGCACAAUGAAACUGAAAUGGUAUCCACCCCCAGAAUUACUCCAUUGCAUCAAAGGAUGUGAGCAUUUCAUGGGAGACAACUACUGUGAUGCAAUCAACAACAGGGCAUUCUGUAACUACGAUGGAGGAGACUGCUGUCAAUCCACUGUCAAGACCAAGAAAGUAAUUCCAUUCCCCACGGCGUGUGACACACGGAACGAGUGCUCCUGCCGGGAUCCGAACGCCAUCGAGAACAGAAAUGAGGAGCAUGUCCAUUCCCUGGGCUGAUCAACCUGAGCAGUGGUGUCAGUUCAGGGUACCCAGGGCCCUUUCUUCAACACAACACAGCCAGAGUGGCCGAGGCAGACCUCACACCCCUCCAUCAUCUUCCUCUCGGCCCCCGCCCCCCAAUUUCCUGCACAUGCUGCUUUAAAGGCAUACCUCUUCAUCUCUACCGCAGUCCUUGCCAGCUUGAAAUGCUUCCACCUCCAUAUCAACGGAAGAUAUGAAAAGAGGACAAAAAUUAUUAGACUCCACCUCAAAAAAUGAAAAAAAAAAAAACCUGAUAUCUCAGCUAAGAAGAAAGUACCUCCUGAGAUGCAGCCGUUGAAAACAUGAAUAGUAUUUAAAAAAACACAAAACAGGCAAUUGUUUGGGGAAAGAUAACACACAAAGAAUAAAUGUAACCAAGCAUAGGUAGCAUGCAGUUUGUUGAGUUUUGUGCUGGCUUAAGUAUUUUUUAAGUUACCUCACUCUAAUUAUAAGACUGAACCAAAGGUAAAUCAAAAUGUGCAAGUUUGGGAUUGUGCUGAUGCUGGCUCUGGGAUUUUACAGAUAUGAAUGAUAUGAAGACAAAUACUCCACCAUCUCAAGGAGCCCCAUCCCUAUUCCCUUUUAGAGGAUCUACUAGAUUAUAGCAGACAACUAUUUGGCAGAUAGUCUCUGUAUCUGCAUUCAUUCCUAGUUUUCUGUGAAGGCAUGAAUAGGGAUGCCAUUUAGACUGGAUGGGAAUGAGACCGCCAUCUUUGCUUCAAGCCACAGAUUUGACAAAGAAAAAAAGCCCAACUGAAACAGGAAAAUCAAUCAUUUAACAAAACCCUGAAGGAAUUAGAUCAUUUAUUGUGGCUUUUGCUCAUUUUUGUGACAUUAUUGUUUUAAGGCUGAGUCAGCUUUGUCUUCCUAGCUGCAUAAAGUUCCUCUUGCAUGCUAAAACAACCCUGUCAUCUCACGUUUACUAAGAAAGCUUGAGGACACCACACGAGAAGGCGCUAAACCUAAGAAACUCCAGAACCUCACUCCCAACCCCACAACAACACAUUGAUCAUGACUUAAAGAAUGUUAUCCUUAACCUCACUGAGGGAUUUGGGGUGUUUUUAGUUUCAGUUAGAACUCCUCACUUAUGGAGCUUGAUGAGAACCUUAAUACCUCAAUAAAUUAACUGAAACUGAAAGUAGCAUCCCAGUCCUGAUCAGAAUGUAGACAAAGCUUGUCAAAGGCCUGUGGCUUUCUUGAUCUCACAGUACUGCACACCACAGUCACACGGGAAUACAAAGCAAAAUAUUUACAAGCCCCUCUCCCUCCAUUUGAACCCCACUACCACCACCACUGAACCAGCAUGCUUCCCUUUGACACAUCGCACAUUUCACUCUCUUUCCGCUUAGUACUCAGUUGCUCCACAGGCAACUGAGUUUUACAUGAAAAUGACAUUUGGAUGUAUUCGUCGACACAGCAUUUCCAGCCCGAAUAUUUUCAAAGCACCCUAAGACCUCUUGGUGAGUCGAGUUUAAGUAGAUUAGUUAAGUACAAAGUGCACUUCAGAUCACUUUUCAGUGUAUUUGGGCUUUCUGUUAGUUAGACAACAUGGCUGCUAUUCUAGACACAUACAAACCAUUCAUUUUUUUUAUACUGAAGGCUGCUUGUCAUAUUGGUUCAAAGUUUGCAGCUUCAACCUCGCUGCAGCUCAUGUCAUACAUUUAGUUUUGUUUAGCUCACCUGCAUGGUAUCUCUGACCCUUUCUAGGCUGCUAUGGCAUUCCAGAUCCUUCUCACAAACACAUCGUCAUGUGACACUAUGAGACGAAUUUCGUUCAUGUCAUUUUAUGGUCAACUUUAGAGGACGGCUAGAACAUUCAAAGACAGAAAGCAAGAACGAAGGUUGUACUUUCCUCUGAAUCUAAAGGAAGAAGUCAGAUAAUCAUGUGGGAAACGUUCAAGGGUAACAAAGAGUUGGGGGAAAAAAUGUUUUCAUUUUCUUGUUUUUGCGUUUGUUCUUUUUAAAUGUCAUGUUUAAUCAGUGUUUGUAAUAAUGACCUCAAUUACCGCACUUUCUAGAUGUUAUGUAAGAAGAAAAAGUAUAUCUUUCAAAAAUGUUUAGAAGCUGCUACUGUCAUAAAUCAAAGGCAAACUGUAUUUUAUUUGGUAAUUUGACUCCCUGUGUUGCUUGUGAGCUAUUCGGUCAUUAGUGUUUUACUUUGCUCUGAAGGUAGAUGUUCGGAGGAUCUGUGGUUUGAACUUUUCUGCUACCUAACCUGGCUUUGCAUUUUCAUGUUGUUGAUGAAGGACAGUGUUAUGGUCACCACGAAACAGAACCAUUCAUAAAGUAUCGAGAGUGGUCCAGUUCCAAGGCAACUGGGUCCAACUUGAUGCAUUUUAGACAAAUCGUCUAUUUCUUUUGCAAAUGCAUUUGUCUUUUGUGUUGCCGUUGGUGUUUGUGUAAAAUCUUUACAUUUUUUGGCAAAGAAGAGGACAGGAAAUGAAUAAAUCCCCGUCAAAAGGGACUUUUGAAAGACAUUGUAUUUUUUGUGAAAUAUGAAACUUUGUAAGGACAUUCUAAAGGCGACACGAUCUUCAGAGAUAACAUUUAUAAAAUUUAUAUGAAAACUAUAUAGCCCUGGUAAACAAACAAAAAAAUGAUUGUAUUAUGUUGAUGUUUCAUGAACUAUAUUUAAUGUUUGUAAUCCAGAUACUGCUGCUUCAUGUUAGGACUCAUACCGUGGGGAGAAACGUACCACUAGUCACUACACUAUAUCAACAUGCAGUACUGUGGUUCAUCGUUUGCCACUGAGGUCACUGAAAAGUCUUUUCAGCUGUUAGAAUCAGAAACUUUUUAUCAGGAUCCUUUCCCCUGUUCUCAUCCUUAGAUUAAUUUAGAAAAUAUCCUUCUGUCUGGAUACUAAAACAACUGAUUGCAAUGACUAUAAAAGGCCAUCGAAUGUGACUACGUGGCAACUUAAAAUUAUAUAGCUAUCUAUCUAUAUAUCUAUAUAUAGCUAUCUAUAUAUAUAUAUAUAUAU